ACCGCCGAGUUGCAGUCAAGUCCAAACGCGGAGGACAAACGCACACCGACCAAUCCACACAAUAUCCUCCGAUAUCCUUUGGCGACGGGUCAUUUACGAGUGCGGGACAGGACAUUCGCUGCAGUACACGCGAAUUCCGAGGAUCAACGGAAAUGCAUACCACUCUGCACUUGGCAUUAGCCGUAAUAAUUGGCUUUGGACUUUCAGAAGCCAGACAACAAGAACAUGAAAUAGCUUAUUACAUACAUCCGUGCCAAAGGUCUAGCCCAAAUGUAAAUGAAUGUUUGACUUAUUCAGCCAACCAUUUGGCUAUGCACUUCCGGAAAGGAAUUCCCGAGCUGGGCAUCGAAGAGGUGGAACCAAUCAUAAUCGACGAAAUCAAUUUGUCGCUGGGCUCCGGCCCGGACGGGUACAGGGCCACGUUCAAAGAUAUCCAAGCUUUCGGUGUCAGCAACCUGACCGUCAACCAAGUCAGAUCUGACCUGAAUUCGCUGCAAUUCCAACUUACCUUCUCGAUCCCAAAAAUUUCAGCUAUUGCCCAUUACAGAAGUUCAGGAGUUCUGAUUAUGGUUCAAGCUACCGGCGGCGGUGAAUACUGGGGAGAAUAUGAGGGUGUUAAAGCCAAAGUCUACAUCAAGGCCAGUGAAGUAGAACGUAACUCUCAAAAAUUCUUGCACUUAGAAGAUUUGAAAAUGGACUUUAGCGUUAAAGAUAUUCAGAUGGGUAUCAAAAAUGUUCACAACGGAAAUGCUGUUUUAGAAGCCGCAUUGAACUUGUUCAUCAAUUCAAACUCACAAGAACUCCUCAAGGAAAUGAAGCCACACAUUAAAAAGAAGCUCAUGGUUGCCAUGAAGUCGUUCAUCGACAACUUAUUCAGCAGAGUCCCCUAUGACAGUUGGGUCAUCGAUUGAAGACCUGGACCAGCAUCCAAAUGGCGUCCGGCUAAUUGUUACUUCGUGCUAAUGUCGUUUCCGAAAAGAAAAAGCAUCUCUUUGCACAAUGCAACGCUCAAUAACAUGUCGAGUGCAAUAUAAUUUAUAAUUUAGCCCAUAAUAUAUUUUUGUAUAAUGUUAAUUUAAAUAUGUAUGACCUAUAAAUCGUGUGUAAAAGACACAUUAAAAAAAUAACAAAUGCUUGAUCUCGUCUGCACAUUUAUAUUUUGUAUCAUGUACCAAAGCGAAAACGCGUCUUGUAGGUACUCAUUGAACAUCAAGCAUUUAUAUCCAAACACAUUGUGAUCAGAUUUUUUAUUUUUGUAACUUAAACAUUUAAUCUUGUGCACUUUAAUACAGACUUAGGUUCUAUGCUUAGGAAUAAUUAUCAUCCGAGUUUUUAAUCAUAUAAUUUAAAUAUCCGUUAAAAUUAACUACGAGCAAUUGUUAAUUUUUUUUCAAUAAUUGUUUUUAUUUAUUGUAUGUUCCUUUUCUUAUUAUGGCCAAAUGAAAUAAAAUCAUUUAAAAACA